AUGGGACCUUCUCAGUUGGUCCGUGCCCCUCGGCCCCGGGGCUUAAGUUCCCCUUACCGCAGGCCAGGGCUGGGUUGGCCUCGGCCUCGGUUUCCCAGGAUGUUCAAGUGUAGCCGCAGAAGGUAUCGGCAGAAACCCCAAGGCCCAGCUGCCACCACUGCAGCCACCAAUCUUGUCACCAUUGGCACAGGUAUCAACAACAUUCAUACUGCCACCACGAGCAUAUGGAUCUUUCCGCCACAAGUUCUCAGACACCUCUGUCAACCUGGCAGCUUUCUGAUCCUCUAG